AGUUUCUGCAUGGCCCAGCAAACAUUUAUUUACCAAACAUUUACUUUUCUGCCUCUAUGUCAAUUACCUUCCUCCUCUUUAAAUUGCCCAAACUACUACCCCCAACAUCCUCUUUUGUCUUUAGCUGAAGAUGGUACUUAAGGUGAGGAUUUAGGCCAUUUUGGCAAGUCACUCAGUUUUCCUGGAUCUCUCCCAGGUGUUCAUGUUAUUAAACUUUUGUUUGAUUUUCUCUUGUUAUUCUGUUUCAUGUCAAUUUAAUUCUUAAACCAUCCAGAAGAACCUAGAAGGGUGGAGUAAAAUUUCUUCAUUCCCAACAAUAUUGAGAAAGAAGGAACUGAUAAUUGACUUGGGGAAAUUAAAAGCAAUUGGUUUCAACAUUUUGGGUUGCUGCCCACAGUAAGAAAUACAUUUCAUCUCACAAACCAGGAUAUAUCUACUCAUAAUCAGAAAAGCUCAUGAAAUAGCAUUCACUUACCCUUAUCAUAUAAAGGUAUUUUCUCUGAUUUUUUUUCUAUUUUAUUUCAUUAACAGUUUUCUGAUUGUGACCACUAAAGAUUCUACAGUCCACUGACAAAUGGGUUGUGGCUCUGAGUUGAAAACCUCUAAGCUAUAAGAUAUGAAAGAGACAAAAACGUUGAAAGUCCUCCAGGUUUAGUUUGAGUGGUGAGGAAAAUGGGUACCACUAAUUGAUAAAAAUAAAGAAGAAAUUGGAAAGGGGAGUUGAUAAGUUUCCUGUGGCUACUGUAACAAAUGUUAAAGGAAAAUAAAAAUGGAGUUGGUGUUGCUAAGAGAGCUCUCUAAAAUGAGCCAGGAGGCCAUUGAGGAGGUGUGACUUGUGUGCACCUUGGCCUGGAUGAAAUCUGGUCUUUUGAUUCUUGUCCUGCUCAGAAUCCUUGUUGGACCGUUACUCUAGGGUGGCUCCUGGCAGCCUGUCUGCUUGUUUGGGCCCUUGCCCUAGAGCAGCUCAUGAUUCCUGGAGGACAGACGUUUCCUGACGUGCAUCAGGGGUGGUCACGGUUCUUUGGCAGCCAUGUGGCUUUAGUCUUUGUGGGCCCUUGACUCUUUCUCUUCCCCAGAACACUCUUUCGGUUUUCCCUGAAUCUGUGUCUCCCAAAUUGCAAUUCCUAAGACCCCAAAUAAAGCUGUUUUUUCUUUGCUGCCUCAAUACUGAUUAUUGUUUGACACAAAUUACCAUAAACUUGGGAUCUAAAACAACAAAAAUUUAUUCUCUCACAGUUCUGGAGGCCAAAAGUCCAAAAUCAAUAUCACUGGGCCAAAGUCAAGAUGUUGGCAGAAGCACACACCCUCCACAGGCUCUAGAUGGCAGUUCCUGGAUUUACCCUUGGUGCCUUCAUACUUCUGUUGCUCGUUAGUUCUGUGGCUAAUUAUCCCAAUGGAAAAGUAACGAAGUCAUGCCAUGGAAUGAUUCCUGAACAUGGUCGUACUCCACAGUCUGAUCCCCCUUGCUACAUCUCAGUGAGUCAGAUGACAUUCAGGCCAGGAGAGCAGAUCAAAGUUACUUUGUCAGGGCCACCAUUUAAAGGCUUUCUCUUAGAAGCACGUGAUGAGAAUUUGACUGGCCCUCCUAUUGGCUCCUUCACAUUGAUUGACAGUCAAGUGUCACAGCUUCUGACCUGUGAAGAUAUACAGGGAUCAGCUGUGAGUCACACAAGUCCAUCCAAUAAAAGAGAAAUUAAAGUCUAUUGGAAUGCUCCAAGCAGUGCCCCAAACCACAUAAAGUUUCUAGCCACAGUUGUUGAGAAGUACGAUACCUACUGGGUGAGGAUUCCUGGUCCUAUAAUUUCACAACCAAACGUCCUUCCUUUUACAACACCGAAAGCUACCAUAGCACCUAUGCCAACAUUGUCUCCAGUCUCCCAUUUAACGAAAUCAUUCAAUGCUUCAGAUUGUGGGAACAAGAAGUUCUGUAUUAGGAGUCCUUUGAACUGUGACCCGGAGAAAGAGCUUGCCUGUGUCUUCUUGUCCUUCACACGAGAUGCCAAGUCAGUGAUGGUUGAAAUGAGCGGUCCCAGUAAAGGCUAUUUAUCCUUUGCAUUUUCUCACGACCAAUGGAUGGGUGAUGAUGAUGCUUACGUGUGUAUUCUUGAAGAUCAGACUGUGCACAUACAACCUUCCCAUCUGACAGGGCGAAGUCACCCUGUAAUGGACUCCAGGGAUCCUCUUGAGGAUAUGGCUUGGAGGUUGGCGGAUGGUGUUAUGCAGUGUUCUUUCAGAAGAAACAUUACCUUUCCUGGGGUUAAGAAUAGAUUUGAUCUAAAUGCAAGCUACUACAUAUUUCUAGCAGAUGGUGCAGCUGAUCAUGGUCGGAUUCAUAAGCAUUCUCAGCAACCUUUGAUUACAUAUGACAAAUACAAUGUGACAGGCUAUCCAGAGAACAUAGGAGGAUCCCAUUCUUUACUCCUUCUGAAGGUUCAUGGUGCCUUAAUGUUUGUGGCAUGGAUGACUACAGUUAGCAUAGGUGUACUGAUUGCCCGGUUCUUCAAACCUGUUUGGUUAAAGCCUUUAUUUGGUGAUGCAGCUUGGUUUCAGGUACAUCGAAUGCUCAUGCUUACUACUUCUGCCCUCACUUUCAUUGCUUUUCUUCUGCCUUUUAUUUACAGAGGAGGCUGGAAUUGGCAUGCAGGUUAUCACCCAUACCUUGGUUGUACAGUGAUGAUUUUAGCAGUUCUUCAGCUUCUUUCGGCAGCCUUCAGACCACCUUUACAUGACCCAAGAAGGCAAAUGUUUAAGUGGACUCAUUGGAGUAUGGGAACAGCUGCUAGAAUAAUAGCAGUGGCAACAAUGUUCCUGGGAAUGGAUUUACCAGGAUUGAAUCUUCCUGGGCCAUGGAAAACCUAUACAAUGAUUGGAUUUGUAGCCUGGCAUGUUGGGACAGAGAUUGUUCUGGAGGUACACACUUACCGACUCUCUAGAAAAGAUGAAAUAUUGGAUGAUGAUAGAAUUCAGAUCCUCCAGUCAUUUACUGCAGCUGAAGCAGAAGGUUAUGCUUUUAAAAAGGCAGUGUUAGCAAUUUAUGUCUGUGGGAAUUUGACUUUUCUCACUAUGUUCUUAUCUGCAAUCAACCAUCUAUGAGCGAGCGAAGACCUUGGCUUUUGCAGACCAGGUGAUAAUUAUCAUGAAGCCAAAAAACUUGAUGCCUGUAUCGACUGGAGUGUAUUCAUGACUUCUAAUUAGGAAGACCAGGCCAUGUCUGUAGAGAAAUUCGGAAGUCUGGUCUUUAGAGAUCAACAUUCACUAGGGUCCUAUGGGCUACAAACUGAUGUCAAGCUUUUACGUAUUAUUCUGAGUCUUAAAGGGAAGAUUGUACUUGAGGAGAAAUGACUCAAAUAUUUUUUAUGCUGAAGUUUUAAGAAUGUUAGCAUGUAAGAAAAUAACUGGAAAAACAUAAAAGAUGUCAUAGGAUAAAAUGCAGAUAGUAUUAAGGUAAAUAUAUUUUGGACUAUAAAGGUGCUGUGGUACUUUAAAGAAAACAUUUAUUUUUACUAGUUUAUCUGAAUGGUCUUUUUUUAGGAUUUUUUUCCCCUUACCCCCUUUCUUAAAAAUUUUUUGGAAACACGUUUUCAGUCCAGUGUUUUGGACAUAUCCUUUGUUUCAUGUAUUUUGUUACUUCCCUGGUAAAGGUGAAAGUAGGGCUAACACCAUUUCAUUAACAUUUAAAUAUAUUAUUAAUAUUAUAAUUUCUUUCUUAGCAGUGAAAUGCAAGUGUGCAUCUUCUGAUUAAGAGUGUCUUUAUAUAUUCAGCUACAGAGCUAAAAUGGCAUUCUAUAUGCUAAUUGUUUUGACUCUGAGGUUGUCUUAGCCUUUGGAGAUUGUAGACUUGCAUUUCAAAAUUAAUAAAAUUCACUCUUGUGAACAUAUUUAAGAGUUAUUCUUUGUCCUUGUGGUAAUAAAAUAAUAUGGGUGGUACUGUUUUGUUAGAAGAUCCUGAUGCUAUAAUGAAUUAGAAUUAUCAAUGUUAUUUCCCUUCCGGUUCCAAUAAUUUCUAUUUUAUGACUGGGUCUCAUGUUUGCUAUGAGGACUUCUAGCCAGUGGGUGGCGCCAUAAUACUACUGCUUUGUUACUGUUCACUUGUGCUGAUUCAUUUUUAGUACUUAGAUAAUAUCUUGGGAUGGCAUUUCUCUUAAAAUUCACCAACUCUUAAUAUUUAUUUGAAAAAUUUCUGUCUUUUUUUCUUUUCCUAACAGUUAUAGGUUACAAACUGAAAUUAGGGACCAAUGUUAUUUUCUGGUUUCAAUUCUAUUUGUUUUCUAACCAUGAUUGUUUAUAACCGUUGUUUGAUACUUCCCUUUACAUUCCCGUGACCUUGUAACAAAUGAACAUAACUAUCUUAGGCAGAGGAAACAAGCAAAACUCUACAUUCUUAAAAUAAAAAGUUUAGGGAGGCAUAUUUUACUUUUUUAUGUGUUCUUUCUGAUUGGCCCAAGGACCUAAAUUCUAUCUGGCAUAAAUAGUAGCCUCAGCGAUGUAUCUUACAUCUUUCACUGGGUAAAAUGAUAUGUUUUUGUUCUUUAUACAGGUGUUUAUCAUAAGUAGCUUAGGGUUUGAGAUGUGAACUUUCCGUGUUUAUGUUCUAUAAGUGCCAGGCUAUUUAGAGUCUAAACUUUCCUUUUGAAUGCCUUUAUUUAAAAACGUUUUGUUUAGUAUAGAAAGUUAAAUGUAUACUAAAAUAUUUUCCUCUAACUUU